GCGGCGGCUGUAAACCCGAACACACCGCCGGGGAAGGGAGAGACGGACCAUCGGGGACCAUGUCUGAGGAAAGGUUUACAGCCGCGUCCAAGAGGAGCUCAGGGUACUGCAGUUUAGAUCAAAUGAUUGCCGCCAUCCCCGGGAAGACCCCGAUCAGCCUACUCCAGGAAUACUGCACAAGGAAUGGGAACAGCCCCCAGUACGAGCUGGUGACGUCUGAAGGCCAAGCUCACCUGCCCUGUUUCGUCUACAAAGUUGUGGUGGGAGAAGUGAGCUGCACAGGUGAGGGUCCAAGCAAGAAAGCAGCAAAACACAAAGCGGCUGAAGCUGUACUUCAUGUUCUGAAUGAAGGAGCUCUGCAAGACCUUGUAUAUAAUUGCAUGAGCUACCCUUUGCCAAAUUCUCAGCCUCUUAUUUGCUCAACGCCGCCACAAAAUCAAACCAACCACAUUGGCAUACUACAGGAAAUGGUUGUGCAGAAAGGAUGGAGAAUUCCGGAGUACACCUUUACCCAGGAAUCGGGCCCCGCUCACAAGAAAGAGUUCACAAUAAUCUGCAGAGUAGAAUCAUUUGUAGAGACAGGCUGUGGUACAUCAAAAAAAUUAGCAAAACGAGAUGCCGCAGAAAAGAUGUUUGCAAAACUACAGAAUAUUCCUGCAGGCUGGAUGGGAGGGGAGGAGUUGGACACUGGUGGCAUCUCAAUGAUACCUGGAAAUAAAUGGGAUAGUCCACAGCCAAAAGGGAUUGCUUGCACCUGGGACGUACUAAGAAAUUCACCUGGAGAGAAAAUUAACCAGCUCAAGAGAAGCCCCCUCAGCAUUCCUAAUUCUGACUACACCCAGAUGCUUGGGGAAGUGGUGGAUGAACAAAGAUUUGACGUCACCUACCUGGACAUAGAUGAGCUGAGUGUCAAUGGCCAGUAUCAGUGUUUGGCUGAACUCUCAACUCAGCCAGUUACUGUGUGCCACGGGACGGGAAUCUCUCGAGGUAAUGCACACAAUGACGCUGCCCACAACGCCCUGCAAUAUUUGAAGAUUAUGGCUGGAAGAAACUAAACACUCAAAAGAUAUAUGUUCACAUCUAUGUGACACCAUCAAAAUGAAAUAUCGAACCCUUAAGAAAAUGUACUUUUACGAGCAAUGGAUGUGAAGCAAAGCUGAACGGGGGAUGUUAAAUACACGCUCGAAGGUCUGGUUGGAAACUAGUUUUUGUGUAUUCUUGAGAAUACUGAGCAUUUGCUUAGUAUUAAAAAGCUGAACAGACUUGGACUGUUAAAUGAGUUAUACAGAACCUUACGGAAGCAGAAUAUGUUGGAUUAAUAUCUCCGAUUUCUGCUUCGCCCUGGGAAGGGGAGUGUGGUUCUUCCUAGAGGGAAAACAAAAAUCCCUCAAAUGGAUGCCUGUUUGUGUGUGUGUAUGUGCAUUUUUUUAAAAAAAUUGCUAAUGUGUGAAGUAAUUUUUUGUCCACUGGAAAUAUCUGCAUGUUUCAAAAGAUGGACUUUCCUUUUUUUAAAAAAAAAGAAAUCAUACUUUUGGUUAAAUGCUGUAAGUAGAAGCUCCAGAUAUUUUUCUUUAUUCCUUCAGACGAAGGGUAUUUACUCCCCAGUGAAGAACAUGGACCCUCAGGUUUUUUCCCUAUAAAUAUACCCAGAGCUUGGUGCUGAACUUGGUAUACAGAGAGGUUUAGCAACUACUGCUGAAGCUCCACGUUGCCAGCCGGUAAAACCACUGCUCGAUGGGUAAGAGUGUCUCCGGACUGUGGUCAGGAGGACGGUGACGAUAAAUUCACUUUUUACACCUGUUUGUGGUGCUCACGAGGAGUUCCUGGUAAAUGCUUUCCACCUAGCAAGGGCUCAGAUAUGUGCUUGUCAGAUGUCUCGUGGCUAGUUCGUGACUAUCCUCCAGGAAGGGGGUGGAAUGGAGUCCACAGUAUUAUAGCACCUUGGAGCAGCAGGCACUUGUACCAGUGUUCUGCAAUGGUAGAUUAUGCAGGUCCUCAACUCCUUUAGGUUUACACCUACAUUCUCCGGAAUUAGAGGAAACCUUAUAUACCUAUGAUUUGAUCUACAAUCCGAAAUACCUUCUCAUAAACUUCCUCCACAUAAUAGUUUUUGAAAUGCUUACUUCACUUACUGUUUGAAGACUUGAGACUAAUUGAUGCUCUGUUUAACAGAAAGAUUAUUUUCUGAAUGAUUUGGUGUGUGAUAUCAAGUCUUUGAAAUCUGGAUCUACACAAUAACAGCUAUUAAUCACAUAAAUUUAUCAUUGUAUGUCACUGUAUUGUAUCAAGCAACGUGAUUCAUAUAACUUAUACACUUUGAAAUAUCCGUAAUAUAGACAACGAAGCACAAUGUUACAGGUUAAAAAGUAUCUCAGACCUGGCCAAAUAGCAAAGUCUGUAGUUGCUACUUCUAAUUACAAACAAAAUAACCUAUCAUGAUCAUUAUCCUGUAGAUUACAGUAGAACCUCACUAAUCCGGUCACUCAAGUGACUGGCCAAAAGUGACCUACUUAGUGAGGUGACCUGAUUACUGAAAUAGGUCAGGUGAUUCAGGUCACUGAUGUAAUGUUAAGGCCAUUGGUAUUGGGUAAGGGUGAUGAACAUUCAACAACUAUAUUUUGCAAUCUCAUUAAAAUAGAGGCAUUGUCACAUUUAAAACAAAAGCUGUCAUGUAAUCCGCCUACCUUUUGAGAAUGCAUCCAACUUGUGUUCUGCCAAUGCCAUAGAUCACAGCUAUGACUUUUGCCCUCGCUGUUUUUGAUUUAAGUCCACUAUCUCACGUAAGGACAAAUCCUUCCGUGGUGGCAUGUUUACAGUCAACAGUCACUAAAUCAAAACAAUGUACACACAAACCAUGUGCUCUGAAUACAGCACUUACCAGGAAUUGGUCGCAGGAGCUCAGGUUAGGCUGCAGGCGUCAGGCAAAGAUGAUUUUCCACUUGCGUCGCUUUUGCGAUCCCAACACCACCGCCCCGCGCACGACCAGAGCCCAUUCCGCUCACAUUAGCAGCAUCAAGGAAAUGGAGCGAGAAGCCCAAGACCUAGCGCACUGUGUACAGGUUAGUAGCGGAGGGGGGUGUUUGUUUCACGUUUGAAGUGGAAGAGGGCACUGUAGAGGCUGCAAUCAAUGACUGGUUGUCCUGAAUAGUGAGGUGCCCAGAUUACUGAAGUAGACAGACUAUUUCUUAAGACAAUGAAAGAGACUGAAAAUGUCCCCGCAAUUGUGAGGGGGCUGGAUUACUGAGGUGACCACAAACCGGGUUUCAACUGCAGUUUAAUCUUCCCUGUAGACCAUUUAAGAGCCUUAGUUAAGGUUACCUUUAGCUAUUUCCCUCAACCAACAUUGGUUUGAAUUUCAAGCAUAAUGGUGUGCCAUAGUGUCAGAAUUAUGGUUUAUCAAGGAUAGUUAUUUAAAUCAUAUUUGUAUCAUGAAAGCAUCCAAUUUCAGCAAUCUACACAUACACUGCACAUACUUGCUAUUUUGAGAUCAUUUGGUUUCAGUUCAUUGCUAAUUAUGGAAAUAAAGGACUAUGAAAUACAAUUCAGGAGAGUAAGAACACUUAUCUGCGAACUGACAUUUAUUGUAUGUAAACUGUUUAUGGCGAAACAAUGUUUAUGUACUUAAUGUGCUUUAUAACACAAACAGUAUUAUAAAGCCUCAAAAAAUUAAUAGCAUGGACCUCACACGUGUUUUUUUGACAUCAAAAUGGCAUUUACUUUUUUCUGUAACUAAAAUCCUUUGUAUUUUACCGGCUGAAUGAGAACUGUAAAUGUUUGUGUGUGUUGUCAGCUUUCUAUUUUAUAGUAAAAUUAAAAGUGAAAUAAAUGUGUGGUGUGAAUUACACACUUGUGCAUUGUCAGAUUAUGAUUUUGACAUUUGUCAAGACAUUUAACAGUAAUUUCCAAAGAAAUGGAUGUAGACCAACAAAUUUAAACAAUCCACAAAUUAAUGCUAAUAAUGUCUACUUUAGGCAACUGAUCUAACCUUCACAGGUGGAAACUGAAUAAAAGUGGAAGACGAUCAUGUGUACUCCAAUAAAUAUAUCAAAUUGUGAAAACAUAGCCGACAUUUUUUGUAGAAAAAGAUUCUAGCAUUCUACAAUUGAUGUUUCGAACAUCAGUAAUAAAUGGUUGUUAGCAUCAAA